UUUAAACAUACAUUUAUUAUUAAGCCAAAAUGCAGAAACUCAAUAUUUGAAAAAGCGCUCCGAUUGGUGCUGCCAUCUUCAAGCAACUUCGGCAUCUUUUGGUAACAUUGGAACGGAUUAAUAGUUGACACGUAGAACAACUGGAGUUUACAAAAUAUGACUCGUUUUGCAAGAGCGAAAGGCUCGAAAGCUUCAAACGAAAAGUUGGCAAACGAGCCAACGCCAUGGCACGUAAUGAAACAAAGUCUUCAAGAAUCUUUAAAUAAAGAAAAACCUGUGGAGGAAAGGACCAAAACUGCACGACAGCUACUAGAAGAAAAGGAAAUAUCGACUCCAUCCAAAAACGAUUGGGCCGAAUUUGAAAACACAAAAGUUACUAAAAAAGCCGCAAAAUUCAAGGCUUCCAGUAAAAUCGAGAAACCUAGUGAAAACAAGAUAAAAAAGAAAAAGCUUAAAAAAGCUCUCCAAAAACAGGAAGAAAAUAGCUUCGAUCUUGUGGAGGAUAUCAGCGAAAAAAUAAAGAUAAAACCACAAGACUUAGAUAAACGAGAAAAAGUAGAGAAACCCAAGAUCAAAGUUAAAAGGGCAAAAUCUCAAAUUGAACCUUCUGAGGAAUCUACGCCAGCUCGGAAAAAGAAAAAAUUUAAUAAAAUCGAGGAUGGAAUCGAGACUGCAGGUGAUAGAGUUCCGAAAAAAAAGAAGAAGAAAAAUGUAAUUCCUGAAAAGUCUGAAGAAAAUUCCCUUACUUCGAGUGAAGAAUCGAAAACGAAUCCUACAGAAAGAUUGAGUAAACGUCAAAAGCGAAAUUUGAAGAAAAAGAAUCAAAAUUCAGAGGCUCAAAUUAAUGAAUCGGAGAAGGAAGAUGUUGAGGCUCGAAUAAAAAAACCGAGUAAUUCCGUGUUUGAUACUGAAGAAAAUGACUGGAACACUGAUGUUAAAUUUGGCAACAAUACAGAGAAGAAAUCUGGACAAGUUAAAAAAGAUGCAAAUGGUUUGGAAAGUGGUUUUAAAAAUUUAAAUCAAUUUAAUCAAGCCAAGUUCGGGAGACCGAAUAUGAAAAACCACCAUUUAAGGAAACCAAAACCUAGAGAUGAUAGAGAGCACCAAAGGAGAAAACCUGCAAAAUCGACGAAACUUAUCAUUAAUGGAAUGGAAAUCGAAGUUGUGAUGUAUGAUGGAUUCCCAGUUCAGAAAGAUGAUGCCGUACGAUUAAAGGAACUGAAACAACAAAUGAUUCUUAAAGGAAUUCCAAAAUCUGAGAUCGAAGCAGCGAUGAAACUCGAGAGAAGAAAAGCGGAAAAGUCUUUGGCUCGCGUGAGAAAGCAAGUUUGCUUCCACUGCCGAAAAGCUGGUCACAACUUAUCGGAUUGUCCAGAACUUGGAAUGGAAGAAUCCGCAACUGGCAUUUGUUUCAAAUGUGGUUCCACUCAACACACCCAUUUCGAAUGCAAGGUAACGAAAUCCGACGAUUACAGAUUCGCCACCUGUUUUAUAUGCAGAGAAGCAGGACACAUCGCAAAGCAGUGCCCCGACAAUCCCAGAGGUCUCUAUCCAAAAGGCGGAGCUUGUAAAAUUUGCGAAGACGUUACGCAUUUGCAAAAGGAUUGUCCAGACAAAUUGAGAGAAAAGGAAGAAUCGACCUUAACCGUUAAAACCAUUACCGACAAUACUUUAGAGUCUUUAGAAGAGGAAGGGACGAAAAUAGAACCUAGAAAAGAACCCAAAAAGAAAAUUGUUAAAUUCUAAUGGCAGAGAAUCUAUAAAUAAAAAUUGUACAUUAUUUGUCAAAGUGUAGUUUUUUAAUUAGUUGACCUUGCAGGGUUUCAGAGAAAAAUACGUCUGUUCAAUUGUCUAAGAAACCAUAAUUUAAUCAAGUAGAAAUGUAACAUGUCAAAAUCGUAAAGCUAGGCAAUCAAUACAAUACCACUGAACACAUACUUCUCCAUAUGAAGCAUAAUUAACGUCCCUCGAACUUUCAACUCUAUGAAUAUAAUAUGUAUGUAUAUAUCUAUCUAUUUAUAUAUUUAAAUCAUUUAGAUCCAUUACUGUUUAUACACUUUCUUACAUUAUUCUACAUUGAUAAAAGUGUAAAGUCUGCCUUUCAUAUGUAGUUACUUACUAAAAAAAGUACUAUUACAUCUUACAAAAUCAGAAAAUACGUCUGACGAAUACCUCUUUGACCUACUGGAAAGAGCGCUCUUGGUGGGGCUGAUGUCGCUGCGCAAGUGGCAUGUACAAUUGUUAUUUCUAGAUUGAGAGUGUGUAAGUAGAGAAAUAAAAAUAUUUGAACUAUUAA